AUGGAAGCCUCCGGCCCCAAGGCAAUCCUCACAUCCGAUAAUUUCCACCAUGCACAAGAGCUUUCCCGGGCGACCUCACCCGGUGGUGAGCCCGCCGGUGUGAACUGCGAAGGCGAACCAAUAGCCCGCGUGCGACCCCGUACCUACCCGUACUUCAAAUACCUUCCAUAUCAACUGGAGGAUGAGUCUGAACGGAACCGAAACCUGCGCGAGAUUCUGGAUCAGCUCUACAUUGCGGUGGAGGCCGGCGACUUUAACCCCGGAGCCGUGCACUGGACACGCGAGCUACGGGGUUGGCUCUCGCUGAAGUUCGAUCCAACUCGCGCGCAGCGUAUAAGCCUGGUGAAACUGUAUUAUGAACUGGCACUCGCUCCGGGGAUCGACCCGUCGGUCGCUGAAAGAUUUGCGAGCAUGUUCAUGUUUCUCACCAAGCGCAAGCAUUAUCUCAGACCUAUUAAAGAUCUCGUGUUAGACUGGAAGCCUCUUUACAAAGAACUCAAGGCCUUCGUCCUCCCUACCGAGUCUGGCCUCGUGCACUCAACUAACUUGAAGCGGAAUGUCAAGACUCUGACCAAGCUUUGCGCAUUCGCCCAAUUAUUUAUCGACCCGUGUGAGCUUCCGGCUAUGCUUGAAGAGUUCUUGCCGCAUUAUACUACAUCAUUCUCAGAAGGUGCCUUCGUUGUCGCCGGGCUCAUUAACUUGCUGCUUCCGACAUCUCCACCUCCUGAAUCGCGGGCCGAUCUUCUCCCGCAGAACUACCUGCCUACACAUUUCCACUUGUGGUCGUUGGUUGGUCGGUCGAAGACUUUCGACACAACCUAUCUGGACUACUUUUCCCGGUUGGCCCGAGAUUCUCUAACGGCCGAUCAUAUACCAUUUUCCGAGCAUGGUAUCUUCACGAAGGAGCAGUCUGGUCUCAUCUUCACUGCAGUCCUGAGGUUGUUGGAAAUUCCCGUCGGACAGUCAACGUCCCCAUACAGUGCACUGGUGGAUAUCUCAUCCGGGUUGGGUAUCAUGCUUGACAGAGACGGGCGAAAGCACCCGGUUGCUCACCAUAUCGCCCGAUGGGUUGUGAUGUCGCUCUCGCCAGCUUGCGUCGAUGCUGAAGUUUCGGUCCUCACCCAGCUGGAAGGUCUUAUCCAAGCCGUUGAGACCUUCUUCCACCCUUCGAACUCGGGCCACUGGACCAAGACUCUAUCGCAACUGGUCUACUACCUAACUGAUUUCUUCGUCAUGCGCUGGAAUCGGGAACAAAGCGGUGAAUUGGAUACUCCACCCGAGCGACGAUUGAAUGAGCCUCUGAAGCGGCGAUUUGUUCUAUGUAUCCGUGACGUGAUCUUCAUGGGUAUCUACUCCAAGAGCAGCACCGCAAUGACUUUCUCCCUCUCAACCCUGCAAGGUCUGGCCUACUUGGAGCCGCAUCUUAUUCUUCCCGGGGCGCUCCAGAGGAUCUAUCCUGCGCUACAAGGUCUGGUUGAGGUACACCGGACCACAUCCUCUCUUCGGGCUAUGACAGCACUGUCUCGUAUCAUUUCACGCACUAAGGGCUACCGCUGUCAUAUGACGACUCUGCUGGGUCUAACACUUCCUGGCAUUGAUGCCAAUGAUCUUGAGAAAUCGCUUCAUGCCCUCUCAUUCAUCCAAUCAGCCUGUUACAACAUUCCAAUGGUCGACUUGACCAAGGGGCGAGAGGACAUUAAUAGCAACAUGCUUGCUAUGCAAUGGAUCUCAGGUGAAAUGGAAAGGAUGGAAGACCAAGGGGCAGAUGUGCAGCUUGGCUAUGAUACAGAGUUGGAUGAUGAGACCGAGGAAUUGAUCUUGUGCUCUUCAACAUGUGGUCUUGGAGAUUUCACGAUAGCUUUCUUGGGUCGUGUCUUCACGCUAUUGGAGAAUCUGCCGGACGUCUCUAGAGUACGCAAUGGCUCUCCUGAAGAGAACAUUGUGAACACUCUUCCUGCCACGCUUAUGCCUUUGCUUGCCUCCCUGUCCCCGGAGUAUUACGAUAUUGCUCUGGCAAAGAUUGUGGAUUUUGUAUCUAACCACGUCAUCCACCAGGCUCGUGAUGCAAUGGCUUUCAUCUGCAACGCUCUCUGCAAGGUCAGCCCCGAGAAGGCUCUCAAGCGGUUCAUCCCGGUUUUGACUGCAGCGAUCCGCACUGAGAUUGAAGAUAAUGGUGCUGGAUCGACCCGAACCACCGGAACUGAUGUUCUGCCGCGUGAUCGUGGUCUGGUGUGGAACGUUAGUAUGCUCAGCAUGUGUGUUGUGCAUGUCGGCAGCGCCGUCAUCAAUCACCGCCAAGAACUGUUUGACAUUGCCGUCUACAUGCAGCAAAACUGCCGUGGCAUUCCAACCGUUCAUAUCUCCAACUUCAUCCAUCACCUUCUGCUCAAUCUCACUGGGACUUACACCAAUGAUUUCUCACUCUACGAGCCUUCGGUGAUAGCGAACGGCAUUGAACCGAAGCUCUGGAGCUACCAAGCUGAUGUAAACAACCUCAAUAUCAACUGGCAUGUGCCAACGCGCCAGGAGAUCGAGUUUGCUGUCGAUGUCUUCAAAUGCCAAACAGAGAGGGCUCUGAAGCAAUUGUCCGCGCUUACUCAUGAGACGUCAAGUGUCAAACGUGAUGGAAGCGGCAAGGACUGGUCAGAUGAGGUUACUCGGAACCUAGUCCUUCUGCGACUCGUCUUGUCUGGAAUCUCUGUCCUCUUCGAUCCCAAAGCCGCAUCAACCACCACACAAGGACCCCCUGAUGGUACUACCGGGGAUGUCGAGAUGGGGGAUGGUCCAGCUGAUGUCGAGAAAGACGAUGAAGCCGCCUUGGACAGUUCCGACGAUGCUACAAUCAGACAGGCUUUCACCUAUCCUACUGGGUAUUCCCUCAAAGAGGAUGACCCGUUAUACACGACGAUCCAUGAUAUCCGUGAGCGAACGGGCUGGAUCCUGCAUGAAGUCCACCGCUUCUUGAGCGAUCAUCAAGAGGAUGACGUUCCUUGCUUUGGGGCUUUGUACUCUGCCUUCAGAUCGUGGUUCGUUGAUGUUGGCAUUGAGAGGUCUGCUCAUGUACUCGACCGGGUGACUCGACUGCUAGCAGCAGAUAUUCAUCCUUACAAGAUGAGUGGCAUCCGGAAGGAUUACCCAAGAGCUCUGCUUGUGCGCAGAGCCAACGUGUAUCACCUCCAACGCUUACGACACAACGCUUCUCCGCGCCCUCGUUCUAAGCUUGAUGAAGUCCUUCUUCUUGAUAUCGCCGAAUCCUGUGUCUCCCUCUAUACAGAAACACGCCGCAAUGCCCAAAAUGCUGGCGAAUCGGCACUCAAGGCGGUCUAUGGGGGCAGACUUCUUGUCAUCCCGCCUUUGCUCACUGCCCUGCAAAAGGGUGUUAAGGAGAAUGACCACGCCCGCAUCAAGGGAGCGCUGUACUCCUUGCUUCUGAGCAGCGUGGCCAAAACUGUGGGACGUAAUUGGAAGUAUACGCCCGCGUUGGUCCGAGCCUUCAUUGAUGCCAGCGCCGUUGACAAACCUUCUGUCCAAAAGAUUUGCUCUGGUGCGGUCUUCCAGGUGAUGGACUACGGUCGUGCCAUGGAACGUAUGGCAAUUUUAGACCAAGAGAUAGUGGAAGCAAUUGCUCCUACAGAAGAUGUCAGCGGUGAGAUUGAGAAGAAGCGCGCAGUCGUCAACAGCAAGCGCGUUGCUAUUGAGAAGAAGAAAGCCGAGCUUGCUGAACAGCUGGUCAACCUGGCACGGGUAUCCCAUUGGAAAAUUGCCAGUCGUGCUGCGACUAUCGUUAUGACCAUGGGUCUCCGCUUCGACUAUAUCGCCAGCGAUAACUUGAUCGAAUUGAUGACGACCGGAUCCAUUGAUGACCACCCUGGCUUGCGAGGCAUGUACUCUCAGGCUCUCCUUGCCCUAUUCACCAUGAUCGACGUGCGAGCCAUCUGCACCCACGAGUACAAGAACUACAUCCUUGGCCACCAGCGGUUCCCCUCCAAGAUCAAGGUUGCAACCAAGCCCUUUGAGAAAGGAUUCACUCCAGAAUACCUCUCAAGCUUUGCGCAGCCAGAGGCGGAGUACUACGUUGAUCACGACUUCCCAGGCUGGCUUGUGUGGGGCAAGACCAUGCCCGCCUACAGAUCCAAUGUCGCACGGGACAUCGAGUAUGACGAGGUCGAGUGGAAGGUUCGCACCAAGAUGGGCAAGUUGUUCACUCGCGAGUGGUUCUCCAAGUUCUUUAUGUACCUGAAGCAAGAGCCACGUGAUCCAUCUGCGGAUAAGUUCCGCAUGUCCUCCGCCAUGAUGCUCCUUUACGCAUUCGAGCUCAUGAUUCGGGACGGCCUUACGGCUGCCUCGUUUGAAGACAUCCAGGAAGAAAUCAAGACGGUCUUUGAAGAUGGCAGCGACAAACACCAACAUCGUGCCACGGCUGAAAUCUUAGGAGCUUUGAUCUCCUCUGUGACGGAUACAGUGGUGGAUAAGCGUACGAUGAUAUGGGAGUAUGCAUUCCCUAUCGUACGAAAGAUCUUCACCGAUGGCCUUACGCCUGAGAACUCCGGCUACUGGACAACAUUCCUCCACAUGAUUCUGCAAUGUCGGGACCCUCGACGCGCUUGGCCACUGGUCGAUUGGCUGUCCAGCUUCCGACUUGACAUGUCGACCAAUGCGGCCUUCAAGGAAAGCUCCAAGAUCAAUCUCUUGCAUCAAUGCAUCAUCGAUUCAGGCUGGCACUACCAGCUUGAGAAGCCCAUCGUGGAAGAUUUCCUUGCACACCUCGAUCACCCGUACAAGGGCGUACGCGAGGCGAUGGGCCAGACCCUUGCGACGAUCUAUCGUACCAGGCACCACGAGUCUUACCCGGAUGUUCAACAUCUUCUGGAGGCUCAGAAAUCUGCGUCGUCCGUUGGUGCAGUCCCAUACCCGCCUACUGAGGAUUUUAAGAAGGUAGUUGCUGGUGUCUUUAGUCAAAUCGAGGAAUGGCGCAAGCUCAGAGAGCCUGGCCAACAGACACCCUCGUCUUAUACCUCCGGUAGCAAAACCGUCCUCCUCUGGCUGGACUCCACUUUGUCCUCUCAUGAGUGUACUCAGCUGGUCUCGUUCUUCCCUGACGUCUUCACGGCGCACCUUCUGCACAUGAUGGACGUUAAAGAGGACCCGGAGCUGCAGUCCCUCGCCUACCACGUUUUCCGCCACCUCCCUAACAUCCCUUACGCGGCCGAGAAGAACUCAGGGUUCAUCCAGUCUCUCAUCCGCAUCGGACAGACAUCCCCAUCAUGGCACCAGCGCCUGCGCGUCAUGAUCAACAUCCAAAUCAUCUACUUCCGCCGUCUCUUCCUCCUUGACCCCGCAGACCGCGACAAGCUCUUCGAAUGCAUCGCCUCGAUGCUCGAAGACCCCCAGCACGAAGUCCGUGCCGGCGCCUCGGCCACACUGUCCGGCAUGGUCCGAUGCUCGCCCAUCUUCCUCCGUGACAAGAUGGUCAAGCGCUUCCAUGAACGCUUCACGAAAACCCUGGCAGACAACCCUCUCCCAAAGAAGCCGAAGAACCUCCGCGCAGGACUCGCCUCCUCCGCCGUGUCCUCUGGCGCUGGCACCCCAACUCCAGAGCACAACCGUCUGAUCAUCAUUCGCCACGGUGCUGUGCUUGGCCUUGGCGCUUUGAUCCAGGCCUUCCCGUAUAACAGUCCUCCACCUCGGUGGAUGCCCGAGGCGUUGACUUCUCUCAGCAUCCGCGCGGCCAAUGAUCCUGGUAUCGUUGGGUCGAGCGUGAAGGCGAUUAUCAGCGAGUUCAAGAAGACUAGACAAGAUACUUGGCACAUUGAUGCAAAGGCCUUCACGCCUGAUCAACUUGAAGAUCUAUCUGGCGUGCUAUGGAAGAGCUACUUUGCGUAG